AUGAGAAACGACUAUGCAGAUUUAAAGAAAGAAGUAGAAAAGCCAGCAGAAGAUAAAAUGGACAUGUUAGCAUUUCUGAACAAAAAUUAUCCAACUGCUGACGAUUUCCUUCUAUCUGACGUCAAGAAGAAAUAUAAAGAAACCUUCGGCAUUGUUAAAACAUUCGAUGUACUAAAAGAAGAAAUAGAAGCUACAAAACUGUUUAAAGUCAUGAACCAUCGCAACAUAUACCAUGUAAAACGCUUGUAA